AAUUUAACAAGCCAAGUAACCAGUUAAUUCAAGAAUGGGGAAUUUAUUGUGGUGGAGAGGAAAUUUUUGAAUUAGACUUUGAUAUUGAAAAAUAUUGGUUAGAAAAAGCCCGUUUUUUACCUUGUUUAAGCAAAUUAGCUCUAAAGUAUAUUUGGCUUCCAAUUUCUGGUGUUGAUAUAGAACGCAGUUUUUCUGCAUACAAAAAUAUUUUAAGUGACAAACGGCAUUCACUUUCUCCCGAAUCUAUUGAAAUUCUAAAUAUGUUAUAUUUUAAUCAAC